UCACUACGUUUCUGCGAGUCUUUGCGAGGCACAGCUUAUAACUCUUGUACCCUUUUGUAGUUUGUAGACUGGACGAUCACGGCUUCGUAGCUAGUGCUCGGAGAGAUCUCCAAUGGCUGAUAAAGAAAACGAGAAGAACCUCGGCCCGGGGACGGCCACGCCGUCUGCGAGAGUUUCCGUCCCUCGACCGGAAACGGGGCGAAGCAGCCGCAAUCUUCCCAACUUUCUCUUGUCGGUCAAGCUCAAAUACGUCAAGCUAGGUUACCACUACUUGAUUUCCAACGCCAUGUACAUCUUCCUCUUGCCACUCCUCCUCGCGGCCUCGGCCCACUUGUCGACGCUCACCGCCGACGACCUCACCAACCUGUGGGACCAGCUCAAGUUUAACCUCGUCGCCGUCGUCGUCUGCUCGGCCCUGAUAGUCUUCGUCGCGACCCUCCACUUCAUGACCAGGCCGCGGCGGGUCUACCUGGUGGACUUCGAGUGCUACAAGCCGGAGCCGGCCCGGAAGUGCAUGCGGGAGGUGUUCAUGGAGCGUUCCGCGCUCACAGGGAGCUUCACAGGGGAGAACCUCACGUUCCAGAGGAAGAUCCUCGAGCGGGCCGGGCUGGGCCAGGACACGUACCUGCCCGAGGCCGUGAUGCGGGUCCCACCCAACCCGUGCAUGGCCGAGGCGAGGAGGGAGGCUGAGGUCGUGAUGUUCGGGGCGAUCGACGAGCUGCUGGCGAAGACCGGGGUCAAGGCCAAGGACAUCGGGGUGUUGGUGGUGAAUUGCAGCUUGUUUAAUCCCACACCUUCGCUCUCUGCCAUGGUGGUGAAUCACUACAAGCUCAGAGGCAACAUCUUGAGCUAUAAUCUUGGUGGGAUGGGUUGCAGUGCAGGCUUGAUCUCCAUAGAUUUGGCCAAACAGCUCUUGCAGGUGCAACCCAACUCUUAUGCUCUAGUAGUGAGCAUGGAGAACAUCACCCUCAACUGGUACUUCGGAAACGACCGGUCGAUGCUCCUCUCGAACUGCCUCUUCCGGAUGGGCGGGGCCGCAAUCCUCCUGUCGAACCGGUCCACUGACCGACAUCGCUCCAAGUACCAGCUCAUGCACACGGUCCGCACCCACAAGGGCGCGGACGACAAAUCCUACGGCUGCGUCUUCCAGCGGGAGGAUGAGACCAAGAGGAUUGGGGUCGCACUCUCGAAGGACCUGAUGGCCGUGGCCGGGGAAGCCCUCAAGACCAACAUAACAACGCUUGGCCCUCUAGUCCUUCCCAUGUCCGAGCAGCUCCUCUUCUUCGUCACCCUAGUGGCCCGGAAAGUGUUCAAGAUGAAGAUCAAGCCUUACAUCCCGGACUUCAAGCUGGCCUUCGAGCACUUCUGCAUCCAUGCCGGAGGCAGGGCGGUGCUCGACGAGCUCGAGAAGAGCCUCGAAUUGACCGAGCGUCACAUGGAGCCCUCGAGAAUGACCCUAUACAGAUUCGGGAACACCUCGAGCAGCUCCUUGUGGUAUGAGCUGGCGUACUCCGAGGCCAAAGGGAGGAUCAGGAAGGGCGACCGGACGUGGCAGAUCGCGUUCGGGUCUGGGUUCAAGUGCAACAGUGCGGUGUGGCGCGCGCUGAGGACGAUCGACCCGGCGAAGGAGAAGAACCCUUGGAUGGAUGAGAUUGGCAAGUUCCCAGUUGAUGUCCCCAAAGUGGCAUCCAUCAGCUAAGUCCUUGAGAAUUAUACAUGUCUUCAUCUUUCAGGGGAGC